UGGGUUCUCACAAACUUGUAAGAGGACUACCUAAAGAGAGCACUCCCAGGGCUGAUGACACAUCGCUGGAUUUCCAGGAGACUGUCUCCUUGAAAGAAAGAAUGGCUAUGUACAAGGCUGCUGUGUCCAAGAUAGAGAGUAGCAACUCCUUUGCUCAUACUUCAGAGAAAACCAAGUUCUGUACUGUGCCCGGUGGCCUGGCAGCAGUGAGGAAACAAUUUGAGAGAGUGCAGAUGACCUCUUCACAAAAGACCUUUGCUCAGUACCAGCACCAGCACAAAUCUGUACAGGAAACGUCAAGUAGCAGUCAGCACACAGUAUCAAGCAGGACCAGGGAAGCUAAGUGCAACGAAAUGUCCUCCAAAGAAAGUCAAAUGGAAGCCUCUCAAACACAAGAGGUUUCUCAUCACGAGCAAGUUACUCAUGAGAUAAAAAUGGCUUCUACGUUCAUUGAGCACACUGAUGAAACAGUAAUUAAUGCAGCUCAGAACGAAGAGCUCCCAAAAACUGUAACACAGAUUUUAAAACAGCAGAUUGAAAGGACAGCUCAGGAAAAGGCUGUUCACUCUGACAGAGAGACUGCAACACCUGCAAAAGAAGUAAAGAAACUGCAGAUUCAGGAAAAUGAAACGUGCAGACUCUGUCAACAGAGAGUUUACCCAGUGGAAUGCCUAGUUGCCGACAAGCAGAACUUUCACAAAUCGUGUUUCCGAUGUCACCACUGUGGCAGUCAAUUAAGCUUGGGAAAUUACGCAUCUCUCCAUGGAAAAAUAUAUUGUAAACCCCAUUUUAAGCAACUUUUCAAAUCAAAAGGGAAUUAUGAUGAAGGUUUUGGACACAAGCAGCAUAAAGAACUAUGGAAUUCUAAAGAUCAGUGUAGCUCAGCUGGCAAUAUUCAUGCUGAAGAAACAAAUCCAAUUAAUAGUAUACCUGUUGAUCCUAAACCAAUUACAGAAAUUGAUCAAGACUUGUACUCUGGUACUGAAGGUAUUCAUCCUGAUAUUUUGGAUAGUAAUUUGAAAAAAUCCACAGAAAGAGGUAAAUUAAAGAUGACAUGGCCGCCUUCAACAGAUGGUGCAACACCUAAGAAAACAUUUUCUAUUGAAGAAGUGGCUAAAGUAAAUAAGUCAAAGUGGCCCCCAGAAGGUUUUGCUCAAGAAGGUUCUAGUUUACAUACAAAUAAACCUCUGGGCAAUAAAAAGGAUCCUCAGAAAAAAAAUGCUGUGAGAGAGCAAAAUAAAAAUGAGAUUGCAAAUGCACAACAAAAUCAACACUCAUCCUUUAGCUCUCUGUCUGAAAAAGAAGCUACAAAUAUCUGUAAAGCAAAGAAAAAUGAAGCAGGCAAUAAGCAAAAAGAUGAGGAAGCUGGGAAUGUGCAACAUAAGCUGAAUAAAACAGCAGGAUCACAGAAUAGGGAGGAAAGUGGAAAGGAUAUUAAUGAAGGUGAUAAAGUGAUUGUGCAAAGUGCUGGGAAGGAGCAAGAGAAAAAAAUCAAUGAAACUGAUGAUUCAGAAGUUGUACAGGUUACUAACACUGAUGAUGUAACAGUACAAUAGAAUCAUAAAGAAUUCAGCUUGAAUAACAAUAACAAUAACAAUUAUGCCACUUUUUUACAUCUAAACACUUGCAGGCAGGAAACAACUCUCAGCUACAUCUAA